UGCGCAUGCGUCACACACUCAAAACUUGUAGGGGUUGAGCGCCAUUUUGAGCUCGUUUUGCACGCCUGCCUCGGUGCACAAUCAGAGUGCUUUGCUACUAUUUAUUUCCAUUUCAAGGCAGAAUUGUCGUGUUCUACAUUUCGAGACGAUGGCCGACCCAUCGACCGAGACUGGGAUUCCGGAGGGCGCCGAGGUUCGCAAACUAGCGGACCUGAGGGUUAUCGAUUUGAAGGCCGAGCUGAAGAGACGAAACCUGGACACCGCUGGCGUCAAGAGCGUCCUGUCGGAGCGCCUCAAAAAGGCUAUCGAGGAUGAAGGGGGAAACCCUGACGCGAUUGUUCUUGCCGGGGACUCUGCGCCAAAGAAAGCCACGCCAAGACGCGCUGCCAGAGAUAUGAUGCAGGGUGGCGAUGAAACUGAGGAUUGCAACUUGGAAGAUGAAUCCCGUGACUGUCAUGACGACCAUGAGAACAUCCAAGAUAUGGAUAUUCUUGACAUGAAUGUACUGGAUGAGGCUGACAAUGACAACACGCUGCCGGAUCAGGAUGUGGAUGAGCUGGGGAAUUUAAUUGAUGGCGAGGAAGACGAUCACCUGGAUGACGACGACGUGACCAUUGACUCUGAAGAUGAAGCAAGACAAAUGGAUGACUCGGGAGGCUUGGAGGAUGAUAUGUUGUGCUCUUCAAUUUAUGUGACUGCAGAUGCUGAUGAACUUUUGGCAGAAACAGAACAUGACAAAGUAGCGGGGUCUUGUUUAUCUGAGCCGCUUUUCGAAGACCGCCACCUGAGCCAUGAGACGAGCGCCGAUGAAGAACAGGCUGCCUCCGCCAGCGGGGAAGACAUUGUGUUCACCGAAACGGGAGACAAAGGUGACGCGGAAGGCGACCAGGAUGCCAUUGAGGUGGACGCCACGGAGACCGGGGAUGCAGAGAAUGCCCCAGAAGAGACAAUGGACGAUGAAAAGGGCUCACAAACUGUUAGUGAAAGCAAACAGGACGUUGGGGUUGAAAGUGUUGGUUCAGAAUUGGGGUCUAAGAAGGGGGAUGAUGAUGAUGAUGAUGAUGAUGAUGAGAAGACAGAAGAGAAUGCGACUGCGGAUUCAGCCUCGGCAGUGAAAGAGUCGCCCCCUGUAGAGGGCGAAGAUCAGAACAAGAGUUCUGAUGACAAAGAUGCUAAAGAUGAGUCAAAGGAUGAUAAGGUCACAGGAAGUGCUGCUACAGGCAGCAGGAAUCUGUGGGUCAGCGGCCUCGCGUCCACUACCAGGGCGACCGAUCUGAAGACACUCUUCAGCAAACACGGCAAGGUUGUUGGUGCCAAGGUGGUGACCAACGCUAAGAGUCCUGGCGCCCGCUGCUAUGGUUUCGUCACCAUGUCCUCCACAGAAGAGGCCGCCAAGUGUGUCAUCCACCUUCACCGGACUGAGCUCCACGGGAAGUUGAUCUCUGUUGAGCGCGCUAAAAAUGAGCCAGCGGGCAAGAAGCCAGCUGACAAGAAUGAUGCCAAUAAGGCAGCCGGUGAGCGGAGAAACUCCACCGACUCCAAGUCUGGAAAGGAUGAGGGAGAAGGAAAGGAUGGAAAAGGGGACGAGAGGACCGUAGUCAUGGACAAGUCUAAAGGGGAGCCUGUCAUUAGCGUCAAGGCCAAAAGCAAAGAGCGUAGCUCAAAGAGUGAAGACCGCAAGUCGACUAGUAAGGAAAGGAAAGACAUCUUGUCGUUCGACCAGAUCAAGGAGCAGCGUGAGCGCGAGAGGCACCGGCAGCGCGAGCGGGAUAUGCGAGAAAUGGAGCGACGCAGAUACAACGAUCGUGGUCAGGAUGGCCGGCCGGACCGCGAGCGUGAGCGAAUCCGCAUGUUCCGUGAGAAAGAGGAGCGGAAACACUUGCUAAAGAAGAGACACUGGCUAGAGGUUGAGAGAGAGCGUUUGAACGCGGACCGCAUGGAGCGCCAGUUCCUGGAGCGGGAAAGGAUGCGCAUCGAGUUCGAGAGGCGUCGGGAGCAGGAGCGCAUUAUGAGGGAGCGCGAGGAGCUCCGUAGACAGCAGGAGCAGCUUCGCUACGAGCAGGAUCGACGCUCCAUGAAGAGGCCUUACGACAUGGACGGCAGGAAGGACGACUGGCCUGACAAGCGCAUGAACAUGGACGAGCGGUACAAUCGCUCAGACUUCGGCCGGCAGGAUCGUUACCAGGACUUUGACCAACGAGAGCGAGGGCGGUACCAGGACGACAUGAGGGGCGGUGCACGUGGCAUGGGUGGAGACAGAGAUGGGCUGAAUUUCGACAGACACGGCCGAGACUCUUGGGGCGGUGGAGGCUAUGACAAGCGCAUGAACAGGGAUGGAGGCCGAGACUGGGAUUCUGGUCGGAAGAUGGAUGGGGACCGGCCGUGGCAAGGUCGCGAUGGUGGUAUCCCGGGUUCAAGUCACAUGGGGGGACGUGGAGGCAUGGCAGGUCGUGGAGGCUACGUGAACUCAUCCCAGUCUCUCUCGGGGGCGCUCAAUCGGCAAAACCAAACGAUGCAGGGCGGAGCCUUCAAUCGACGCUUCUGAACGUUCAUCCGGAAACAACAAAACACAGUGUCUGUUUUAAAAAAAAAAAAAAAAAAGUCCGCAAGGGAAGGUUUUCACCGUUUUGUAUUUCUUAUUACAGGAGUUCUUUCCUUCCGCAAUGUUCUUAUUUCAGAGUGGUUGUGGUCUCGAGUUUUCUUUGUCAUUGUAAAUUGAAAUGUUUUUUAGACACAUGGUUGAUGGACCUAACCCUCACCCGCGUUUCAAGCUCAGCUUUCAUUUUUGCGUUGCUACAAAGCUGUUUUUUUUUUUUUCCUUCUCACAGUCAACUUACAUCCUAACUGUAAUCAACUCCUCAGCCUUUUUAUUUCCAUCCCAUGAAAAAUGUUUACAGUCCUUGUUGAUUGUUUGAGAUUGGUAAUAAAUGAAGUUUGUAAUUGAAA